GUUUUUGAGCUAAAUCACCCCAUGAGCUGCUCUCCCAUCAUACUUUGGCUCCCUCUGGUCUAAGCAGCCAUAUUAAAGGUGGAUUUAUAUGGUUUAAAACAUGGCCACCUUCAACUGCCUCUUUAGCAGCAGUGGUGGAUAUGAAAGACUGUGAUAGCCACAUCCAGUACAAUCUUGUUUGCUGUAUCUUCUCUCCUUAUGCUCUGGAAUAAUAACCCCUCUCUGGGCAAAGCCACAGAAACUACAUCUGGGUUCAGUGGCAUCUUAGACAUUUGUAUAUAUCAGGAGGAUCUCUACUAUCAAAUAGAGCUAAAGACCAAAUGGCUGGCCUGGAGAUUACAUCAGCAGCAGCACUGGAGAUCGCCAACACACGUCCCUACCAAAGAGUAUGUUUCAGAAAAGAGUCCUUAUGGAAAUCAUACUUAAACAUUUAUAAUUUAAAUAUUAUGAUGUCUGGAAUGGGUUUCAAAAAAAUGAGGUAGUGAGGAAAUGACGUGGAUGAGAAGAAUAGAAGACACAAGAUUGACCACGUGUUGAUAAGUGCUAACCCUGGAAGACAGGUGGUUGUCGUUGUCCUUCCCGGCUAGUUGCCAAUAAAGUUGUUACAAAGUGACCUUGAGUGUCUUCCUUGGUGCACCCGAAACCCCGCCUUCUUCAUCCGGGUGCUGCGGCGCGAAUAAGAGCCGGACCGCGCUUGCGCAUUCAGUCCCACUCCUUCGACCUCUGCCGCAGACCGUGCCGCCGCCGCCUCCCGGGAAGAGAGGAAGCGGGAGAGGAGCCCACGUCGCCUGUCACCCAAUAUCUCCAGCCGCGCAGUCCCGAAGAGUGUAAGAUGUUCGCCUGCGCCAAGCUCGCCUGCACCCCCUCUCUGAUCCGAGCUGGAUCCAGAGUUGCAUACAGACCAAUUUCUGCAUCAGUGUUAUCUCGACCAGAGGCUAGUAGGACUGGAGAGGGCUCUACGGUAUUUAAUGGGGCCCAGAAUGGUGUGUCUCAGCUAAUCCAAAGGGAGUUUCAGACCAGUGCAAUCAGCAGAGACAUUGAUACUGCUGCCAAAUUUAUUGGUGCAGGUGCUGCAACAGUAGGAGUGGCUGGUUCUGGUGCUGGUAUUGGAACAGUCUUUGGCAGCCUUAUCAUUGGUUAUGCCAGAAACCCUUCGCUGAAGCAGCAGCUGUUCUCAUAUGCUAUCCUGGGAUUUGCCUUGUCUGAAGCUAUGGGUCUCUUUUGUUUGAUGGUUGCUUUUUUGAUUUUGUUUGCCAUGUAACAAAUUACUGCUUGACAUGUUGGCAUUCAUAUUAAUUACGGAUGUAAUUCUGUGUAUCUUACUGUGACUCCGAAAACUGUAGUAUUGGUGUCAUGGAAAUGUACGUUAUUUCCAAAGUCAUUUCAUUAAAGACGAAAACUUUAA